AAGUAGUUGAAGCAUUUUACAACAAAAUUUUCAUAUAUGUAGACAAAAAGUAUUUCCUUUUCUUUAAUAGUUGGUACAAAGAAAAUUGAUAGAAAUGGCAAUACAAUAUGUUUUAAACUACGAUUUGGGGCCCAUUUUGCUAAUUGUUUUAAUCAUUUUGGCCAUCAGGCUUUGGACCGCAUAUAGGGCAAUUGAGCAAACGGGGACAAUAACAACAAUAACAGGAACAUCAUCAACAACGAGAGCAACAACAUCAACCAGAACAAGAAGCGUGGGAACAAUGCAGGAACCACCAUCCGAGCGACCGAAAACAGCAACAACCAUGGGUAACUCACAGAAUCGCGCAGCAACUGAUGAAAAGUCACCACCAGGUGGUAGUAGUAGUCUGGCCCGAAUGGGUAUCGGUGCAGGAGACGGUCCCAGAGGCAGGUCAUCUGGCGGUGGGGUGGAUGGAUUGUUCGAACGUCGCAAUAGUCGAGUUCGCGUUUUCACUCGCCUCGUGGGUCAGAAACGCAUUCGGGAGGCAUUUCUUCAGGCUGCAACAGGACAAACGUCAACCACAGGAGCAAAGGCAGCAGCUGCUGCUGCAAUAGGAGCAUCACCCCCAAUCUCACCUCUGUCGGCAUCAAAUUCAGCAUUGAGUACCUGUGGGCUAGGGGCACUGGAUGGGGAACCGGAAGUGGAGCAUGGACAAUUGGCAGAUGCCAGCACAGAACAAAUAGAUUUUCCACCUGCCAAGCCGCCGCGUUUGAAGAAACUGCAACAGCAACAACUGCAGCGCUGCAGGCAGCUCUGCUUUGCAAGCAAAGCAGUGGACGCAGAGCAAGAGGAACAGCAACCAUUACAGCAAAAACAACAACUACAAAGCGAAAUUCAAGCCAUAAUCAAGCAGCCGCAGCGCAAGCGCCGCUUGGCCCCAAAGGCACCGCAGCCCCAAAAGCUCCAAGCUAGCAGCAACAACAACUAUAAGCAAAGCAGUACUGAUAUUGAUGCUGAUCACUGUGCUUUCAUUGAGCAGCUUUUUACUGCGGCGGCAUCAGAAACAACAACAACAUCCACAGCGGCAACUCUUGCUAUCGAGGAUCCCCCCAUUGACGAUCUACUGAUCACCAAUCACUAUUUCAAAUCACCGCGCAUCGAAGUGCCGGCAGUGUAUGCGAAUGAUAGUAGUGUGUCUACAACUAAAAAAGAUCGUCCAUUGAGUGAGAUUAGUGUGCAAUCAGCGGACACUUUAUCGCCGUGCACCGCACGAGCGGUUGUUGAACUUCAGCGACGUUGUCGUGAGGAUAAAUUAGCCUGCCUUAGUCUAACGAACAUAACGUACCUUAGUAUACCCAAUGAAGGGCAAAUCAAUAAUAAGGAUAACGAUCUAGUUGCCCCAGAGACAGCGGAAAGCUCGCCGGACGAGCUAAUGGCUUUGCAGUUGGGUAAAAAGCUGGCCCAAGUGCUGGGUAACAGCAAUGCCAACAACGUCACUCCAGUCGAUCAAAUGUCACCAGCGGGAGGAUCUGCGAUGGCACAGCCACGUAUAGAAUCAUCUGGCGGCGAACUUUUCAAUAUUUCCAAGGCCAAGAAAGUUGAUUUACAGAAUCUUUCAUCGCGUUUUAGUGCCGCCGUUCAACAAACACCGCAGCAACAGCAGCUGCCGCCACCAUCAGGUAACGAGACAGCGACAGCAAUUCAAACUCCAACAUCUUCAUCAUCCUCACUGGAAACGCAAUCAACUGUUAUAAUUUCGUUUAAAUCAUCUCAAACACCUGUGCAGUCUCAAACGGCGACGGCAGCGACGACGACGACGACGACCUCAACAACGACGUCUGACAAUGGGGAGGAUGAGUCAGGACCUUUACCAUUACCGCCUCCUGGCUUUGGUACACCCACGACGCCUUUACUCUCUAGCAAUGUGCUCAAGAAGGUGGCUAGCUUUUCGGUUGAAAAGUCCACGGCAUCGCCGGCUUCCCAAUUGAAUGAAGAGACAACACUGAUGGCCACACCGACAUCAAAUUCGGUAGCUUCAAUGCUGGCAGCAUUGCCGGAGCUGACUAAUGGCAAUGCUGUUGCGAGUGCUGGAGCUACCGGAGCGGGCUCACGACGUGGCUCAUCUUAUGUACCGGAAAAGUUAAGCUUCGCUGCAUAUGAAAAGUUUGAAGGUCAAAUGCUGAUCAAAUGGCUCAUCUCAACGCUUCAACUGGUAACCACAAAAUCCUCCACAGAGUUAGCAACAACGAGUCAAGAAUUACUUAACUCAAUGGCUCUGCAAUUUUGCAAUAAUCUUAAAUAUGUUGGAGUACUCAAACAGAUAUCAAGCAAUGAGCAGCAGCAGCAGCAGCUGAAUGAUGGAGGCGGCAACUCUUUUACUGGAUUUAGCCCAUAUGAGAUGUACCAAUGGACGCACACAGAGCAGCCGACAACAUCAUUGCCACUGACACCAGGCAAACUGGAGAAAAUCACAGCCUGGCCAUUCUCCAGUACUCCGGCGGUGAGUAGUGUGGGCGGUGCCAGCGUGGGUGGUUAUAGUAGAACGACCUUGGAGACUUCUGCGUUGGGAGGGGGGCCGACUGCAUCAACUGAUACUCAAAAGACUCUUCAGCAGAUUCUUAAAAAACGUUUGCUUAAUUGCUCAACUCUGGCCGAGGUUCAUGCGGUGGUCAAUGAGCUGUUAAGCAGUGUGGAUGAACCACCGCGUAGACCAUCGAAACGUUGUGUCAAUUUGAUGGAACUACUUAAUGCCAGCGAGUCCACGGUCUUUGAAUACAACAAGUCGCUAGAGCAAACCAAACAUCAAACUCUCGUGUAUGCAAACGCCGAAACUCAAACAGAUGAUGAGCCCUGCACUUGUGGUGCGAUCAACAACAAUGAAAGUGCGUCCAAAGCCGAUGGAGAGAUACAGGAAUCAAAUAAGCAACAAACAGCGCCUCCUCCUCCCCCACCACCGCCGCCUGCAGCGCCAACGAUUAGUGCUGGUCCACCACCACCACCGCCACCUCCUCCACCACCACCGCCAGGUAUUCCAGCGCCGCCUCCACCGCCAAAUUUGAGUGUGGGUGGGCCACCUCCUCCUCCCCCUCCGCCUGGAAUUGGAGCACCACCAGUGCCGCCUCCAGCUCCGAAUUCAUUUGGACCUGUACCUCCCACGCCGCCCGCAUUGAGUAAGAGUAAAUCUGGAACUGUUCUCUCACCCGCUCCACUACCAGAUCCCGCUGAAGGCAAUUGGUUUCAUCGGACUAACACCAUGCGUAAGAGUGCCGUCAAUCCGCCCAAGCCCAUGCGUCCUUUGUACUGGACACGCAUUGUGACUACUGCACCGCCAGUGCCUCGUCCUCCAUCGGUGGCCAAUUCCACGGAUAGCACGGACAAUAAUAGCUCACCAGAUGAGCCACCAGUAGCGGCAACAACUUCCUCGAAUGCAACAACACCCACGCCACCUGCCACAAAGGAGAUAUGGACCGAGAUCGAAGAGACUGAAUUGGAUAAUAUCGACGAAUUUACUGAGCUCUUCUCACGGCAGGCCAUUGUCCCGGUUAGUAAGCCCAAGGAGCAGAAGGUCAAACGGGCGAAAUCGAUUAAGGUUUUGGAUUCAGAGCGCUCUCGCAAUGUGGGCAUUAUUUGGCGUAGUCUACAUGUCUCGUCCAAUGAAAUUGAGCAUGCCAUCUAUCAUGUGGACACCUCGGUGGUUAGUUUAGAGGCACUGCAGCAUAUCAGCCAAAUCAAGGCCUCGCCAGAAGAAUUGGAAAAUAUUAAGCUGGCAGCUGGUGGUGAAAUACCACUCGAUCAUCCAGAACAAUUCCUUUUGGACAUCUCGUUAAUCUCCAUGGCCAGCGAACGAAUCUCUUGCAUUGUCUUUCAGGCCGAAUUCGAAGAGACGGUGACCCUGUUAAUGCGAAAAUUGGAAGCUUUGUCUCAAUUGUCACAGCAAUUGAUCGAGAGUGAGGAUCUCAAAUUGGUAUUUUCCAUUAUAUUGACCUUGGGCAAUUAUAUGAACGGUGGCAAUCGACAACGUGGUCAGGCCGAUGGCUUCAAUUUGGACAUCUUGGGAAAACUGAAGGAUGUGAAAUCAAAGGAGUCGCAUACCACUUUGCUGCAUUUCAUAGUGCGUACCUACAUUGCGCACAGGCGAAAGGAGGGAGUUCAUCCAACCCAGUUGCGUCUGCCCAUACCAGAGCCGGCGGAAGUGGAGCGAGCCUCACAAAUGGAUUUCGAGGAUAUUCAACAGCAAAUUAGAGAUCUCGAUAGAAAGUUUAUGACCUGCAAAAAGACCGCCACUUGCGUGUAUAGAGCCUCCAGUGAUGAUAUUAUUGAGCCAUUCAAGUCGAAAAUGGAAGAAUUUAUUGCCAGUGCUGAUAAGUCCAUGGGAAAGUUGCAUCAAUUGCUGGACGAUUGUCGUGAAUUGUUCCUGGAAACAAUGCGUUUCUAUCAUUUCGCACCAAAAUCAUGUUCCCUGACUCUGGCCCAAUGCACACCAGAUCAAUUUUUCGAAUAUUGGACUAAUUUUACAAACGAUUUUAAGGACAUUUGGAAAAAGGAGGUGGCCAGUCUUCUAAAUGAUUUAUUAAAGAAAUCAAAACAGAGCCAAAAUGAGUCCCGUCGUAAUACCUCGACAAAAGUGGAAAAGUCUGGCAGGGCAACUCUUAAAGAGCGCAUUCUGAUGCGGCGCAAUAAAAAUUAGUUAGCCUACACAACCAGAUUGCUUAAGAAUUACGAUAUUUAAGAUAUAUAUGUAGAUAUAUAUAUUAUGUAUAGCAAUAUACAAAUGCUAAGCAAAUUUAUCGUUAAAUGGACUAUUUCUAUGCUAAUUGUUAAGUUGAAAACAAGAAAAUGAAAGUCCAAAAUGGCUUCAAUAAAAUAAAAUAAAUUAAAAUGAACUACAUUUAUGUUCAAUUUAAAGAUCCAGAAUCGCCAAGAAA